AUGGCCUUGACUGACGAUGAACUCAAACUCAAUGGAGGGGUUGCUGUAAUCACGGGGGCUGGGGGCGGCAUUGGCUCUGGGUUGGCACGACGUGCCGGCGAACUAGGCAUGACAGUGAUUGUUGCUGACAUCGCCGUCGACAAAGCUGAGGAGGUUGCGAGCGAUAUUCGGAACACGGGUGGCAAGGCAGAAGCCGUGGUGGUGGAUGUCUCGCGAUCUGAGGAGCUUGACCGACUGGCCGAUUACGUUUUCGACCGGUAUGGAAAAGUCAGGCUCUUGGUGAAUAACGCUGGCAUAGAAACGUUGGGCUUCUGCUGGGAGAUACCAGCGGCACGAUGGGAAUCGACUCUAAACAUCAACAUCCACGGCGUCGUUCACGGUGUGCGGGCUUUCACUCCGCGAAUGCUAGCCAUGAACGAAGAAUGCUGGAUCGCCAAUCUGUCUAGCUGCGGUGCGUUCGGCAUGAUGCCCACACAGGCCGCAUACAUUAUGACGAAACACGCCGUGCAAUCAUUCACCGAAGGUCUAUUUCUCGACAUGAAGCUGAAAGGAGCCCCGGUUCACAUUUGCUCUGUCAUUCCAGGCCUGAUGCGAACCGGGAUAUUUGACGCCGCCUCGCAAAUUCCACAUGAGCGCGGUGAUGGGAAUAACUUGGGAGCUUACCAGAAGGCCAUGUCGGACAUGGCUAGGGAUCAUGGUAUGGAUGUCACGCAGGGGAGCGAGAUCAUCAUGAAGAAGAUCGCAGCCGGCGAGUUUUGGAUAUCCACGCACCCUGAGACGACAAGAGACAUUAUCUCUAACCGCAUUGAAUUCAUGAAUAACGGAAAGGAUCCCGAACUCAUGGUGGGAGCAAAGCAUCUUUUGGAUUUCUAG